AUGAGCCGACGCCACUCAACUGUCAAGGAGGACAUUACAGCCGACCGUCAUCUGGCAUGUCAGCCAAUAGAGAUUGAAAGGGGAAUAUUUGCUGUUGUAAAGUCCUUCAGCAGCAAUAGUGCACCCAUCCAUGUACAGAAGCUGACGUUGGGGGCAAGCCAAAAAAUUUGUUGUGAGAUGGAUGCCUGUCUGCGCAACACUGAGGUGAUGCACAGGAGUGGGUUUAUAUCCUUUGAUUGUGCCCAUCUGCAGUCCCUGCAGUACUGCCCACCAAUCCUCAGUCCUCAGAUAGAACUAAGGGAGGAUGUUCUGAGGCACAUUGUCAGUAGCAGGUGGUUCAGCGAGGAGCGGAAGAGGGCAUGUCUUCUUAAAAAAACUGUGGCAAACGCUGAAGGGAUUCCCUUGAGUGUUGAUGUUGAGGUGGGAAGCUCUUCAUCAAGAAGAUAUGUUUCCAUUUAUGAGGCAAAUCUGUCUUACUAUAAUAAGUUUGGCAGAGUGAUGGUGAUGUUUGACACUGCAAAUAACACGUGGCAUUGCCAUUGUGUUAAAGCCAAACAGGCCUGUGUCCACAAGGCCAUUGCAAAAUGGCACUUUUUCCAGACAAGAAAGGAGCUCUUCACGGGAGACGAGAGCGAGGAUACUCAGAGUCAGGGCUCUGAAGACGAGGUGGAUACUGUCAUCCCAAGUGAUUUUCAGUAUCCUCCUCGAGAUCAGGACUUGGGGAGAAUUGUUAGGUACAUUCGCAACAAGAAAAGGCUUCCUGCAGACUUGCCUGCAAAUGUGUAUGGGUUGACAAGUGAGACAGAAGUGCCUAAACAUCUGAUGCCCAAAGAGUGUGUUUGUCCUGAAUGUCCUGGCGAUCUUCCCCUUGGUGAACCCCUGAUCAUCAGUAAAUCAGCAAAAAUCAUUACUGUCAAGGGAAUCAUCGAGGGUGUGACAUCUUAUGGGAAAAAAUGCAGUAGAUGUGGAAUGAUUGUGCGAUACCAGGAAUGGGAGGAUGGCUUACAUAACUUUAAUGAUAAAGUCAUUCUAACCCUCCAUUUUUGCCUGUAUCUUCGGAACUGCCUCCAGACUCAUACAGCUCUGGGUCGAGCCAUUGAGACAUGGGAGCUGACGUCGGGACAGCAGUACCCAAACAAAAAUAGCAUGAUACAUGGAUACCUACAUUUUGAAGCACUGACAGACCAUGAUUAUAACUUCUCCUGUGUCCGCUGUGGACAUCACCCUCCUGUGGUGGUCAUGGAUCUCCACAAGAGCUGUGUCUUCAGCUUGGCAGUCAGUGAACUAGAGGAUCCACCAGAUGGAUUUGAUGGAGAGGUGGACAUUGAUGAGUUCUGGGACUCUCUAUGUUUAGAGAGGAUUGCACGUGGGUUUGUUCCAAGUGAUAAACAAAAUCCUUUUGCGGUUAAACCUACGUACCACCACUGGGCCCCAUGGAUUGGACCUCACACCCGCAAAUCCAGCAAAGUGCUCAAUACGGAGCAUCAAAAGGUCCACACAACAAGGCACCCAAAAGAACAGACAGAGAUUGACAUAACAGAGGACAGGCUAUUGGAUGAAGUAUCCAAUUUGAAGGUCCAUGCCAUCCGAAAGCUCUGCAGGGAGUGCGGAAUUGAUUCCCAAGGUUCCAAAAUGGAAUUAGUUCUAAGGCUGAGAGAAGAAAUGAAAACCCGAAGCAAAUUUGAUAAAGUCUUUCAAAAGGUUUGGGGAGCAUCUGGUGGCUGGGCUGUUGUUAUGUGCCCCUGUGGACAGGUUGUCUCGCUGAAAUUUAACAUUAGGGCAGAAAGUCCAAGGGACUUCGCUGACUUAUUGUUAUCGUGGAAGCACAUGCCCAACAUAUGCAUAUAUGACUUUGCAAGAGGUCUGGCAGUGCAUGCUAACCUUAGAGAGCCCGAGACGAUGCCUUUCAGCCCUCAUGAGGGUAGGCUGUUGGACCCCAGCCAUGAAAACUUGCAGUACGCAUCAAAUGGUGGUAUGGUCAAUUUACCAUGGCUUAACACUAGGAAACCUGUGCCAGACCCGUGUGGCCAUCCAUUGACUGGGUCAGCAGACCACUAUUGUCUCUACGACACAUUCCAUGAAGGAAACACUAAAGACCCGAAAGAUAUCCUCAGGAGGAUAAAGAUGGUACCUGAACUGGCAUGGAGAAUUAACAGCCAGGUUGCAGAACAACUCUUCUCAACCAUGAAAAAAAACAACUAUUACAUGAACAUGCUUUCGCCAUCUGCUCAUGUUUUUAUGAUGCGUAAUGUUAUUCACAAUUACAAUCAGCGGAAGAACAAGAAGAUCAAGGAGGAAUUAAAGAAGCUUGUGACUCCUGAAAUUAAGCUGUGUCUCAAUGAGCAUGGUCAGGCAGAAUUCUGUGUCUCUCUGCCAACAGGGCUUAGCCCCGACCCUGUUGUUGCCUCCUCUCAGCCAGCAGAGCUUAGCCCAGAUCCAGUUGUUGCCUGCUCAUCUCAGCCAGUAGAAAUGGGGUUUAGCUCAGACCCAGAUCUUUCACCACCCUCUAAACGUUCAAGGUUACAGUCGCUCUCCUCAGCUAUUGACCGUAUUAAUCCCAGCUUUACAGUUGCUGAUUGGAAACGAGAACCAAACGCAAGACUCUGUGCAUUACUGGACUAUGUACUGGAUAGUAAGGGUGACCCUAAGGAGGAAAUUGUCCAAGCCAACAACUCGAUCCUCACAAGGUCUGACUUUUGGACUCUAGGCCUAGAACGAGAUGUUGAAGCAACGGGCAUUGCAACUGUGGCUGUGGAUGCCUAUGUGGUGGUCACCUGGCUUCCUCCUUUUGAGGCUUCUCCCAUUGCUAAAAUGAUUUGUGACUUUGCAUCCAAAGACGUGGUGCUUCUCCCUGCCUGGCAGCCUGGGCACUGGACAUUGUGUGUACAAUACUUACUGGAGGAGAUUGCUACAUCUGUGGACAUGCUCUCUAUCAGGAGGUGGUGGUGUGGGCAGCUGCUGGAGACCUUUACGCUUAAAAGCCCUGCAGGACUAGCUGGCACACCCAUCUCACCCUCUGCAUCUCCCCAUCUCAGCCACACCUUCAAAUCUCCAAGCAGUGGAAGCCCCACAGGACUAGCUGGCACACCCAUCUCACCCUCUGCAUCUACCCAUCUCAGCCACCCCUUCAAAUCUCAAAGCUGUCCAGCAGCCACACCCAUUACCACAGAGGACUGUCCAUUCUUACCACUUAUAGUCCUUCAGCGUAUUAUUGAAGAGACGCUGAGUAUGGACAUGGCUAUGCUUGGCGUGUUCAAUAGAGUUUCUAAGACUUUCCAGGAACUUGCAAAGCCAUUCCACCCCUCAGUUUAUAUUAAUGAUAGUUUAGCAGAGGACCUCAAACUUAAGAAAGACAGUCUGAUGCAUAUAACUGUUAGAAAGAUUUAUAAGACUGCAGGCCGUGGCAGUGGCCUUGCACUGCGCCUCAAAGGCUUUUCCAAAACAAGGAAUUGGCCGAGCGCACGCCUGGUGCUGAGGCACAUGGCUUAUGGCAGUUUCAGCAAGGCGGCGAAGAAGAACGGGGGGAUCUUGACAGUUAACGUUACAGUUCAAGACGGCGAAGAAGAACGGGGCGUGUCUGUCUGCGAAAACAGGAACCCCCAGCAGUACGAGAACGCCUAUUUGUGGCCGCAGUUGGAUGAUAUUGACUCUGAGAGGCUCUUUUUAUACCCAAUCAUGUUGCCAAUGGACUCUAUGCACGCUUAA